AUGAAUAACAGCAGCAGCAAAUUCGACAGUGAUACCAUCUUCAAAUCCAUGGAGCCCGCAGUACCCCCUGCUAUGUCAGCCGUUGGGGUGGGAGCCUACUGCACGUUCAUGCACGUCUUCACCCUCUUCACCGCCAUCGUCAACAUCAUAGUGAUCGUCGCCUUUUUCAAAUUCCGCUUCCUCCGGAAACAGUCGAACGUCUAUAUCGUGUCGCUGGCCUGCGCAGAUAUCGGUGUGGCGGUCGUGGUGAUGCCGCUUCACAUGUACGAAUCGUGGAACGGUGGCUGGGACCUGCCUCACUGGUUCUGUUACUUUCGAAACAUCGUCGACGCUGGCAUGUGUGCCGUGUCCACCUACAACCUGCGUGUUCUUGCCCUCGAUCGCUACCUAGCGGUCUGCCAUCCAUUUGUCCAUAUGAAGAUCUCCCGCACUGCUAGCGCUCUAGCAAUCGCUUUCUCAUGA